GGGCGAGAUUAUUUGGCUUGGCUUGGCUUGGGAUUUUUUGACGUUUGAUUGAUUGAUUGAUUGAGGUUUAGGGAGACGUAGAUAGGUACGAACGGAUAAAUUUAGAAGAGAUAAUACUACGAACGGAAAGGAACGAGAGAAGGAAACGAAUACUUCGAGGACCGACGACUCGUUUUGAAUACCUAUCUGAGGUUUGGAGUAAAGGGUAGAGGGAAUUACUUGUGCAGCGGGGUACGGGCAAUCACGAACAAUUACGAGUCUGCGGGAAAAGAGAAGUUUUAUUUGAAUGAGAGGUACGGCUGGAUAAUUCGAUACGCUCGUACGAUACCAAACGGGAGAACGCAAACGCGAACAAUAGACCCUGGGAUAGAAAACCUUGAGAAAGGAAGAAUAUUUGACCACGGGAUUUGAUUUGCGAGAAGUGGGAGAUUGAGUGGGUUUGUUGCUUGCUUAUUUAUUGCGCUUUUGAGAGGAAAUAGUAGAGGAAUAAGGAAAACGAGGGAAGAAAAGGUGAUAUCUGCGGCUUUUUUAUGAGAAGCAUACACUCGACCAGCAUCACCAUUCCCACAUCUACCUACUUUAUCCAGCUAUCGCUACAUACUAUUUCUCUACCUCCACUUCCGCACAAUCCAUCAAACGCGUCAACUACGCACACACGAAAUGGCAUCUUCAACUUCCAACCCAGCAGCAGUAGCAGCACGCAUGCAAACCCACCUUCAAACAGAACCGCAAACCCGUGGCCAAAACCAAUUUCAAGGAAGUGUCACUAUAACCCAAUCACAAACUCAUACAUCAGCACCAGUUUUACGUUUAAGAGGCGAAUCAACUGGAGAAAUUGAAAGUAGUACGGAUGGGGAGAGGGGUUUAGGACGCGGAAGAAGAAUUCAAUGGGCGGAGGAUGUGGUUGAUAAUGAGGGAUUGGGAAGGAAAAAGAGUAAAGGUAUUUUUUGAGUUUCUUUUUUUGUACUGGUUGAGUUGUUGUGGAGUAGAGCUUGAUGGAAUUUGGAUGAAGUUCUUUUUUCUUUUGGGCAGAGAGGAGAAACACAUAGGAACAAGAUAAGCUAACGAUAAUGAAUUAGUAUGUUGUAUAUACCACGCUCCUCGCCCUAUCGACGAAUCAUCAGAUGAAUCUUCGAGUGAUAGUGAUGAUAGUAGUAGUGAUGAUGAUGAUGGAGGUGCGAAACCUUCGGGAGGUAAUGGGGAUAAACAUGAUCAUGGAGAUGAGUGUGCACAUGGACAUGGACAUGGAAAGGGAAAGGGUAAAGGAAAAGAGAGGAAAAGAAGUCCAAAUGCUUAUGAGAGGCAGCCGAAUUAUAAGGGGAAGGAUAAAGAGAAGGGUGGUGGAUAAAUAAGGUCGUUGUGAGCUUUGAUAGUGGGGAUGUGUGUUUUUUGGAUCAAGGGUUCGGGGGAAGUGAAAGUGGAUGAGGAAGAGAAAGGGAAGGGAAGGUUCUGGGCAAGUACACUUUUCUAUGAUUUACAACUUUAAUUUUUCUUUGAUAGAAGAUUAGGGUUGGAGGGAGUUGGGUUGGGUUGGGAUUUGUUGUUUUUGUGUAUUUGCAUGAAUGUAUAUAUGGGCAUGCAUAUCUAAAUAAGAUAUGAGAUAUGAGAUAUACGAUAUAAGUAAACAUCUGAUGAAUGAUGAAAUGGAUGGAAAUGUG